AUGUCUACUGUCAAUAUUACACCAAUGAAUAAAAAGAUUUACACUCUUGCAACAAUUUCAGAAGCAUUGGAGUACUCAUCUAUUCCCGGAGUAAUGACACUUAGACUCAACAAUACUAUUAGAGUUAGAACAUCUGAGUGGAAAGAAUGCCUUGUAGAACUUGGUGAAUCCUGUGCGAUCAAAUGGACUAUUUGUAACUCCAACAAACGAUGUACUGAUAUCACUGCUGAAGAAGCCAAAAACAGUGGAAUUAAGAUGUGCUUCUCACAGAAGUACUCGUAUCAUUGUUCAGGAACUUAUGAAUCUAAGACAGAGAUGCGAGUAGUUCAAAAGAGAACUAAGAAAAAUAAGUGUCCUGCUCUUCUUUGCGUCAGAGAAUUCUUUAAGACACCUGAGUGGUAUGAGAUAACCUUGACCAAAGAUCAUGCUGAUCAUACUCCUGGUGAUAUCUGUGAGGAUAUUCAUACUCUUUCUCUUGCCAAAAAGUAUCUGCAUGAACUGUCCCAGCAAUUAGAGCAAUCAUCUAAAUCUGCCAGCCAGAUACGUAUCGACAUGUUGAGAGCUAUUGAUAGAUAUGGAAGAAGUUCUGAUUGUAAGGUCAACUAUUAUGACAUUUGGAACUUGAUGAACAAGGGCAAUAUGAGUUACUCUCCCAACACAAAUGCAUUUGCUUAUGGUUUUAUGUCACCAACACAGCAGAUUAAAAUGAGAAAUGCCGUUUCCUUUUGUUUGGAUGCUACACAUGCUAUCUCUGGCAAAAUUGAUGAGAUUUUGUAUACCCUUCUUGUUCGUGACAAAGAAAUUGGUAGAGGAUGGUCUGUUGCUUUCAUGGUAACAAACGACCGGGGUGUUGGCCCUAUUGUACAGUGGCUACAGUUUUUGAAGUCUUCCCUUUUGCUGAUCAAUCCUCAGCAAAUUACUAUUGAUUGCUGCUCUGCAGAAGUACAUGCAAUCCAGACCACUUUCCCUUCCACACAGAUUCAAUUCUGCAUCUUUCACGUCACUCAAGCAUGA